AUGAAUUCAAAGAAGGCGAAACGAAGUAAGGAGGAAUCGUUGUUGAUUGCAUAUAACUCGGGUAAUGAUCGUUGUAACAGAAGCAGUGAAUCGGACACAAAUGUACCACCACUCGAUUUGCCACCAACACGACUCAGACGCCCGAAAUCAAGGUAACGAUUACAACACAGUCUUUUUAAUGAUACAAUGAUACACGGAUCAUGGUUUGGUCUAAAAGGGUUUUCAUGUAAAAAUAUUUUUCACACUCUUACAAUGCAAUGCAAUGCAAGUGGUUAAUGGAGGUAGCACAUCUUCAUCCCGGGGGGUGCUCCCUUAAGUUUACUACAGGAGUGUGCUCUGGACCAGACAAAAUUAGAUAAAUUUGCACCCUUCUCCAAUAAUUGUGAACACAGAAAUUCCAUCUGAUGAAAAAAAAAAUGUAUGUAACUCGUUUUAUACAAUGUGGUGAAUGCCACGCACAAUGUGAUUGGUUGUUGCUUAUGAUCUGCUGGAGUACAGGCACUUGAUUGACAUCAUUACAAACUUGUCUUCUUUGUGCUGUCUAACAUGACACAUGGUUUUGAAAAAGUUUGUGAUUAAGCAAGUGAAUGUGUCAAAAAAAGUUUAACAAGGGCUGUGUACAAGUAAGAAAACCGGAGAAACCGAGACAAAAUGAGCUCUUGACUACUUGAAGAAGCCGAAAGUGGAAUUAAUCUUCACAGCAGUUGCCAACACGUGUCAUGGGUAUGUGAGACUCACAGUUUUGAAAAUGUUUCGGCAAUAAUUCUACUUUGACAGAGUGCAAAGAAAGUCAUUUUUACAGCUUGCCAUUCUGGCGAUCUGAGGCUAGCAUAUACUUGCCCAAACGUCAUUUCAACUAGCCCCAAAAACUUUUUGAUGAGCAGAACUUAUUUCACAGUUCUUCUGUAAUUUGAAUUCCUCAAAAAACUUCACUUGCCUGUCAGGCAAGUUAAGAACAGAAUUCACUAGCCCGAUAGCAAAAUCCACUAGCCCUGGGCUAUUGGACAGUACUUUCUUUGCACGCUGUUUGAGCAAGUGAAGGCCUUAAAAAACAUUUGGGAGAAACAGUCUACACAUAAGAUAGAGAAGAAGAGAAGAAGCAUAGACAAAAUGUCAUUUUUGUGACUUGGAAAAUGCCUCAACUGGCACAAAUCCUCAAACAGUCAACCCGUGCUAGGAAGUUUGUCAUUUUUUAUUUUCUAUUUAUGGUACAAGGUGAAAAGAUUUCAUGUUGCUGUGCAUCUGUUCAAUAACAGAUGACAGAAGAUGUCAAAUUGUGGGGAGAACAUCAGUGUCAUAUGCGCCUGAAGCUCAUACGCCACUUUUUGUCCUAACCACAUCUUGAUUUCACUGAACAGAGAUGCACGGCAACAUGGAAUUGUAAAAUUGAAGGAAAUGGCUUAUGUAAGAAGAACUCACUUGGCCAGCUUUGUCGGUGGCUAGCUCAGUUAUGAAACAACAGGAGGAGCAUAGAUUUACACCUAAGCUUGCUUGAGAAUUCAGGGAUUAUAGGAAAAAAAUCAACUCUUUUCCAGAGUCAAACUGAAGUACAUACAGUAUACCCCUCUUCUAGCCUGCACACAGGCUCCCAAGUGGAGCUGAGCAAAAUGUAAAUUGCCGAGUGAAGCUACCCAUUGCAAGUGUGGCUUGGGGAGCCUGUUUGCAGACUACUCCUCUUCCAGAAAUAAAGGGUGAUUUUUAUACCCUGUUCCACAGUCAGAAAAGCAAAAACCACACCACAUUGAGCAGCACACGCCAGGAUAACCCGUUCAUAUGCCAUGGGGACACAUGUUGUGUGUCUUCAGAGGGAGACCUGAAUAACUUUUUUUUUCCAUUUGAUUCUUGUUCUUGUUGAAUUAUCAUUAAGCAAUUAAUGUUAUUGUUAUUCUACAUUAGAAAACUUCAAGUAACUCCUCAGUCAAAAGCUUGCUGCUCACUGUGGAAUGCUCUUCAAGUGAUUUUUGUUCUCUUCACCCUUGCUACAAUGUUUUCCAUGAUGUGGUUUACAUUCAUAUUGAAAACUUCGCUUGAAACCAUGAAGAAAAGAGUUACUUCAUGUAAGUACAGGUUACUAUGCUGUAUUAUUAUUAUUAAUUGGUGCUCAAAGUAAUAUGUUUCAAAGUUUGAGUGAAACUGCUCAGUUGAAACCAUUAUUGACAUUUUCAGAAAUUUUUAGUGUUUAGGGAAUGGUUAACUGAUUAACUUAUCAAAAAAGAUUGUGUUGGUUCGACAACCAUAGACGCAAAAGGUGGCCUGAUGGAAGUUGAAACUGGAAAUAAAUAAAAAAAAACCAUGCUCUGUAGUAAAACCUGAAGAAACUUACAUCGAUUUCUAGACUUUGCUAACACUUGUAUCUUAUCAAAAACUUGUCCCGCACUAAGCUGAGAUUAGGCUCCACUUUCAUUUUCCUGGGUAAAUAGAUUCCAGGUUGGCAAGGCAAAUCGACAAGUCUCCCUUUUAGUACAGUUGCGAAUCGAAUGUAAUAAUAAUUGUUGCAUCACUUGUGUGUGCAUUCAUGCAAUUCCCGUGACAUCACACUGACCUUAAACUAAACACCAGGGCCUUCGUGGCCACAUACCAUGCAUAUUAGUCGGAAGAACACGGGAAUUUCAAGAAUGUGGACAGAUCGAGAAAAAUGUCACUAUACAGUUAAUAAAGUGCUACUGACCAAGUCAAGAUUAGGCUGCAUGCUCCUCUUGUCACCUACAAUUACAUGUAACUCAUACAGUCCAUUUGCAAACCAACUGUGUAAGCUCAGGUUUUAAGGGCCACUGUACUGUUGAACAAUUAAAAUAUGUCUGCAGUCCUUGCUGCACUAACUUGAUUGUGUUGUAUAAAAUAUAUAAAAGAAACAGGAAAACAAACAAUACAAGGCUGACAAAAAAAUUUUUAUAAAAAACCUGCUACGAAUUUAAUCCAACCAGUAGUACCGUAGAUUGAGACUUGGGUCUCUGUUCCUCAAUUUUAAAAAAGAGCAAGACAGUAUAACUGUUUUAGCACUUUUUAAAACUGUAAAAUUUUUUUCGAGAUUUAAAGUUAACAUCUUAAGUUAAAAAUAACGUCUUUAUUAAUACAGAAGAGAUUUUAUGGACACUUGUUACCAACUUACGACAACAAUUUAGUUAGAAAUAAGGUGAUGGCAUUUUAACAUAAUGAAUGUGUGAUUACAACAACUUCACUAAAAUAUCAAAAAGUACACAAGACAGCUUGUUUAUUUGUUCUAGAACUGCUAUUAAUUUCUUCAGCUGAUUUCUUGGGUUAUGUCCAAUUUCACUUCUCUCUUACAUUCCUGUGUGCUUAUUAUUUUAAUUUAAUCUGCUUUGAUACUUAUUGUCCCAGAUGUCAUUAGAAGCAAGAUUUUCUUUCAUCUCGGUCAUAAAAUUAAAAUUAUAUCAACGCUGUUCCAUUUUCGCGUGAAGUAUCGUUGUUUUACUGCCUUAAAAUAUUUGGAUGUUCGUGAAAGAGUUGAAACGCUCAUCGCUACGUCAUUGAAACUUCGUGUUGUGGUACCCAGUCCUCUCUUAAUCUUAGUGAUUUAUGUGUCCUCUGUCUAGUGGAUUUGCUUCCAUUCAGCAUGUUAUGCUUACGAAUAUAACAAAUUCAACAACUGUAUCUUCUGAAACAAAUAUAGUCAAUUAGCUCUAUAUAAAGACCAUGGAUAUUGUCAGAUUUUGUCAUGGGAAAGCAUAAAACCAAAAUGAAGCUUUCUUCAAGAAAAAAUGGCACGCUCAUCUCUGACGACGAAUCGGACUCCGACCUGCAGGAAUUUCCUCUGCCAAAGAAGAGAAUUAUAAAACCUGGCAAGUCCACGUUUAUUGCAAGGUUAGGUACUUUGGCGCUGACAAAAUCUCUUGUUUAAAGAGCGUAGAAAGAGCUUGUGCUUGUAUUUUUCUCUGGUAUUUUUACUUUGCUUUGUAAAUUUUAUGAAUUCACGAAAAAUCACUUUCGAACGUUUCAGAAGGCGAUGUGGUUGCUGUCGUGUGUGCGCUUCUGUGUUCCUGUCUGUACUUCUUAUAGCUUCGGUUUUAUGUGUAGUCGUUUUGGGGUGGUUCAGUCUAAGACUGAAGCGUGAUUUGGACUUCGUGAGGAAACGCUUGAGCAAAGGUGAGUGUGGUGGCGAGGAGUUUCUUGUAUCACUCUUUUGGGAUCACAUUUCAAUGGCUUGAUUUCGAGUCUGUGCACUGUAUGAAUUUGCAUUUUCAUUGCUUUUUAAUGCUGGAAAUAUGUUAUACCGGAUGCCCAGACUGUUACAUGUAACUCUUUUCUCUGAUUCUUUUUAUUACAAACCCCGCACUGAAGGAAGUUUAUAGGUGCGGUUUUCAUUCUUGCUGGCUUGAAUGCUGUCGAAGUAAUAAUCGCAAGCAAAUUCACCAAGGCGUCAAACUUUUCUUCACACACCUUACAGUUGAAAAAUACUAAUUUUUUGGCUUGUACCGACCACUCCUUAAUAAGCGUUUAAUGUUGUUCGCGGUCAAGAGAUUAUUAUGAGCGUGGACACUGGUGUUUCUCUAUUCACCUUGGAGCGUGUCGUGAUUUUCCAAUAGCUUGUGGUCUUGAAAAUUAGUUUUCUGAUCAAGCGUUCUUCUUUCAUUGGGAAGGUCAUCAAUUAUUCACUUUGAGAAAAUUAAGAAAUAAUCACCAAACACUUCGAGCUAGUCUGAAUUUUUUUUAGCACAGAACUAACAUUGGGAAGCAAUUUUCACGUUUUAAAUCUCGAAUGUUCAGACACGCGAUCGAACGGCUAAUUAUGGAUAUACAGUAUAUACGAUAUUGUACGACCUGCUUAUAUUAUAAUGAAUUUACAAGGGCUCUUGAAAAACUACUAUUUGAUUAGUUAUAAAAUAAGUAACAGUCUAAGCGUAGGUUUCAAUAAUCGAGUUAAACAAUGUAGACUGUGGAGACGGAUUUUGUGCAUUGAAUGAAAAUUUAUUACCCGGCCCGUGCCGGCCGUAGGCAUAGAAAUCUUAGUUUUGUGAAAACAUUUUUAUACCUUUAUCUCCGAAUUAUUUUUACCCCUCGGCGUUUGAUAAACAAAAAGUAAUAAUAUUCGGAUUUCAAGGGAAUAACAAAUGUAUUUACAUUGUCUUGCUGGUUCAAAACCAAAAUUCUUGUUUAUACGUUGGAAGUGUAUCCCUCAAGUAGUCAAGUAGAGGAAAGAGUUGCUUUUUUAAAUUCGAUGCGCGCGGUUGUUGAUGUCUCUUAAAUGUUUUGUACGUUGGUUCCUAAUAUUUACAAAAUACAAUGCGGAUAUACCGUAUCUGAUACCUCCCGAGUUGUUUAUUUAAGUGCCUACUUGUAUAACAACGUUUUAUUCACGUUCCCAGUAGUAUGCUGAAGGAAAGUGUUUUUAAAAAGAAAUUUGUUUUAUUGGUUGGUUUCACACCUACAGCGGUACGGAAUAUUUUUUUCUCAUAUGAAGAGAAAUUUAAAUAUGAAUGUAUAUUGUACUGUACAUCAUGUCUCAGAAAUAUCAGUAUUUUUCAGAAACUUUAAAGAGUUGAUGAGCUAUCUCCUUUAGCACAGUAAAUUUUCUUGAAUUUUCUCAAUAUAUGCAUCAAUUUUUACUUCUUUGAAAAGUUUUUCAAGUUUUCACUAAGUUCCACACUCAUUGCUAGUGACAUGCUCUAAAUUUUUAAUGUUGUGAAAUAUACAUUAUUGAUGCCAGAAAUACCAGAACAAAAGGGAAUGUUGUACGCUUUGGUAAUUUUAACAUUUCCUUUCUUUUGUCUUGAAAAUGUGAAGGUUGUUUUCCGAUAAAUAUAUUAUUUUUGUGAAGUCUUGACAAUGAAAUUAUUUUAUAUUAAAUUUUUGAAAACUUUAUUUUCUUAACUUUGUUUUUUUGUUUGUUUGUGUGUUUCUUUCUAGAGUAGAUUGUCAGAAUUUUGCUAAAAAUACAAAAUGCAAAUGUUGCUCUACACAGCUUUGCCCCUCCUGGAUGCAUUUUGAGACAUAAUUGGCUAAGAGGGAAAGGGGGAGUUAUGCAUGUUUUAAAUCUGAAUUUAAAAACACUUCCCUUUCACCUGAUGAAAAGAAAGCCAUUAAGGCUGAGUUAUAAUUCAACAUUUUUUGUUUUUGGUUUCCAUUUGAUUAACCUCUACCCUUUUCACGUUACUGUUAAUUCAAGGUCAUUUUGCUUGUAAAAAUUUACCCUAAUGGUGCCUCUGUACAGAAAAUAGUGCCUACUUCAUAAUAAAAGAACAAUCUUGUAGUGGCCUAGUAUGGGGUUGAGGCGAUAAGACAGUAAUCCUUCUUUAUGCAUCACACCACAGAAACCAGUGUUGGCAACUCAUUUUGGUUACUUUGAAAAAUACCAUCAGAUUUGUUCAAGUGCAACUUUAGGUAUUGCAUGCGCAUGAUCUAAGCCUAACUGGUCUUGUCUUUUAUUAACAGUGGAGUCAUUUGAUAGAAGCACUACAAGAGAAUAUGGGGACCUCAGUAAAGACAUUAGUAGCAAGUAUGACGUACUAAAGAAAAGUGAAAAUGAAGUUGUCAAACAAGAAAAUGAGCAUUAUAAAUCAAUUCUUAAGCAGGUAAGCUAGAAGACAUGUUUAAAGACAACAAGAAUGCAUUGCUUCGAAGAAAUCCCCUGGAGCUUAUGGUACAUGUAUAUUUAGAUCAACUCAGUAUCAUCCCUGCUUAAGAGGUCUUUUGAAUACUGAAAGAAGUUGGUUCAACUGCUGAUGAUUUGGAAAACUAUAUUAAGUGAUCAGGCUUCUACUGGGGGUGGGGGGGGGGGUACUCCAGGAAAUUCUUAAUGGGGGUGUGCCGCCCAGUUCUUCAAAUCCUGACACGAUUUCAGACCAAAGAAUGUAAUUUUCCACACCCAUUUUCAAACUAGACCUUUAAAAUCCAUACCCAUUUUGAGACCUGGCCUUUUGGCAGAAAUUGUGUUAUCAUAAUGAUUGCUUUAUAGAUUAGAGCGCAAAAAAAACAAUCAUUCACAUCCAUUUUGAAUUCGCAUAUUUCUCUUUCUUUCUUACUCAUCUGGAAUUGAAACGAUAAAUACGUUCAUACACUCUGUAGUUCCCUGAAAAACCAUCCCCGAUUCCAGACCAAAAUGGGCAAAGUUUGUAUCGUUUACAGACCAAAACGGCGCAAAAACCCUACCCGAUGGGGCGGCACAUACCUAUAUGGCUUAUGCAGGGGAGUACCCCCCCCCCUCCCUGGGGCUUCUACAUAGUGCAAUUAAGAUUACAUUGCAGUGCUGUUAUCCUUAUCUAGGCAGAAGCAAUUUUGUUGAGUCUACUACAGUAAAACCUACAUAUUUAGUGGACUCUAUAAUAUGUGAACACAAAUCUGAGUAAGCGCUUCACUGUUCAGAAAGAGUAUCUUACUUUUUUUUUGUUUUUUCAGAUUGCUCAUUUGAAUUUAACAGUUAAUGAUUUGCAAAAGAGAGUAGAAAGUCCAGAAAGUGCAAAUAAAAUCACUGGUGACAUUCAGUUAUUGAAAAAAGGAAUGGCAGACACUGGAGGUGAUAUAACUGAGGUCAAAGAUAAAAUAAAACAGCUUACUGAUCUAGCUGGAAAGCAAAAUGAUCAAGUCAACACGCUGACAAACAAGUUUUUUAAUCUUUCGGUAAGGAGAACAUGCCAUCUCUGUUUUUUUUUUAUGGGUUAGUUUGAAUAGAAUCAUGUCAUGGUUUUGCUCUGGCUAAGUCCAAGCACCAGUUUUCCUAAUGGCACAGAGGAUUAUUUUGGGUUUGAAACUAUUUCAGGACUAUUUUGAUUAAGAAAACUUUGGCCAUUAUUUUGUUUGAUAAUUUGUUUUUACCAGGUUUUUCUUAUAAUUAAGUGCAAAUGGGUUAAUGAGUCAUGAGUCGCCCAACCCUAACCCUAACUGUAAGGUUUUUCUGGGAAUUCACCAAAAUGAUUAGAUUCUGAGUAGAAAAAUGUUAAUGAGAUAUUUAAGGUAUAUGGAUGUAUAAUCUGCACACUUUUGAUGUUUUAAAAAUCACUUGUUUUAAUAUUCCUUAACUGUCUCUGUCUCACGUUACAUAUUUCCCUGUUUUUGAAAUUCAGUAGGGUUCAUAUUCACUAUUCUUCUUCCUUUUUUUUUUUUGGUGAGGGGGAGUAUGUUGGGUUCAGAGUUGCUUCAAGUCAGAAGAAAUGUUUAGCAUUUAAAUUGAUGUCUCUAUUCACACCUCCCUGUGACCGUGAAUCUAAAGUAGCCCCCCACCCUCCACCCCCCAGGGCCAAUUGCAAGUUACUUUGGACUCCCUAGCAUUGAAGCGUGCGACUGUCUUUUUUUAAUACUGUUCUAAGUUGGUGUCAUAUUUUUCAAACAGGUUCAAUUAGCUCAAGUCAUGGGACAACCAACUCCUGAACCUCCUAAGAAUACUGGAACCCCACCACUGAUUUUACGAAUGCCUAUCAGUUCAGAUGAAAGGGCAAAACCAGAAGAAAAGCUCACUCUCAAAAAUGUGUCUGCAAUAGUUUCAGUUGUAAGUACAAAGAGACAUUAUUUUCAAUAUGUUUGAGUAGUUUUAAAUUAUGUUUAUUGGUUUUUAGUAUAGGAAGUGUCUCGUGUUUUCGGGCUUUCAAAGUCAGCUAGAGUAAAACCAGUGCCAAUAGUCUGAACUAUAUGAUGUCACAUAAAAAUGCCUUUUCACAUGCAUGGUAACCUCUAAGCUGUAGCCAAUUUUCUCAAUUUUUCUCAAUUUUUUUUCUUUUUCCAUUUCUUUGAUUAAUGCAAGAAUUGGUGACAGCCCUUUCCUCUUUAUCUUUUCUUGUUAUUUUUAUUAAGUAACAUUGAGAACUGCUAGUAAUUCCCCAUAACAUUUUUGGAAAAGCUGUGGUCAAGGAUAUGAUCAAGAUUUCAGUUGUUAAGGGAAGCCAAGUUUUUUGUUAAGAAAGCUUGGCCUCAAAUAAUUAUUUGUAAAUUUCUAACUUCUAAUGCCUUGUCUCUAUCCAUUACUUUCAAAGGAGGUGGCAAGGAUUAUGGGAAUUGUGUCAUCAGUAAAUCACACUUUAUCUCAUGAAGUCAACAGGAUCAGAUUUCUGAUGAAAAAUCUUCUUGAAGAGGUUAAGAAACAUGUGGUAAGUUUUAUGAUAGCCCUCCCUACCCGUCUCUUGCUGCAGUCUAACUUUCCCUUUAGGCCUGCUGUUUGUAUUUGGCUGGGGAAGUUGUCUGGUUUCUUUGUGAGAGAAGAGAUUAAAAGGAAAAAUUAUAUAACAUUUUUCUGUCAGUUUUUUUCAACUGUGAUUCUAACGCUGUGAUUAAGCUGUGCCUUAUUGAACCCAUGAAAUUACAGUUAUGUUAAUUCAGCUAAUCCAGAUGUAUUAGCUACAGUUGCACCACCUGUAGUGAUCUCCCAGAAUGCACAUAUUUAGUGGUCAUUGAUGGGAGGUGCUCAAAAAGGCCCUGCUGGCGGGGGGGGGGGGGGGCCCAUUUUCCCCGUCUAAUUUUAAAAAGUUCUCGGGGGGGGGUUUAAAAAUGUUUUUGGUUUUUUGUCGGUUUUCCCGACACUGUCCAAAUUUGGCGGGGGGGGUUUGUCUUUUGUCGUGUUUUCUUUUUCCGCGCUGUCUCUACUUUUUGGACCAUNUCACAAUUUGGCCGAGGGAGGUUGUCUCUUGUCGUGAUUUCAUUUUACGCGCUGUCACUACUUUUUGGACCAUGUCGCUUGUCGGAAUUUAGCCUGGCAGGGCCUCCUUACAGGUGAAUUGAAUCACAGGGUGUGUAUUCUAAGAAGAGGUCCUGACACAUCUAGUUUUUGGCAGAGAACCUAUUGAACUUAUUGCAUGCAAUUGCUAAGUUACCAAUAAAUGUAGUUCCAGGUUGUCAUUGAAAGUUCUUUGUAUACUGAGUGACGUAGUACAUGGACAUGCCACAAACAAAGAGACUACACCAUGUAUUAAAGUGGUUACUUUCACGAGGUUACAAACAGUGGAAAACUCUAAAACCAUCAGGCCAAAAUGUGGUUGCAGUCGCUUAUGAGAGGUUGUUUAUGAGCGGUUCUAACUAUAUUUUAUAUUUUGUAUUUUGCUCCAACAAGCAAUUACCCACCUCCAACAUAAUAUUGUCUGUUUUUACCCAAACAGUUUUUAAACAAAUCGAUAAAGCUAUAAUAUUUUUUCUCUCAGGCUACCCUUGAUGAUGUACGAACAAAAGUGUCUCAUGUAUUGUCCCCAAAUAGCAGCAGCAUAAAAUCAAGAGGACCUGUAGGAGAGGAACAAGCAGAUGUUUCAGAGCAGCUAUUAAAUUUGACAGUUGACGUCACCAAAAUCUCAGAGGCUGUCCAUAGACAAUCCAGAAAGUUGGCUGAAUUGGUUUGUGAACUUAUCAAUUAUUAUUGACUGUUUUGUUGUUGUUGUUGUUGGCAUUUGUUUACAUGAAUCUAUUUUUAUGUGUCUUUUGAAAGCUGAUAAAAACACAGCUGUCCCAAGCUCACGUUAUGAGAGUGGAAUGUAAUUUACUUUCUCACAAGAGAGUGGGUGUCACAUUACAGGCGACUGUUGAGAAGUUGUAUGAGAAAUAAAAUACUGAGGUCUGCGAACGCUAAAUAUCAUUAUAUUUUACCUUUUUUCUGUAAAAUAAAUAAAGGAGACUUACUUUUUACAUAUCUCUGUGUUUUUUGCUGUGAAUUCAUCAAUUUAGUCAACUUUUGGGUUCUAUUGUGUGACCCCUGUCACUCCAUUCAUGAGACAAAGUCAAGGCUGCACUGAAAAACCAGCGGCAGUCCAGACCUUCUCUACUUGAAGGUGGUUUGCGGCUCGAAAACCCGUUGAAUCACAGAUUUUUCUGACCAGAGGCAAAGUUUUAUCAUUGCUUCACCAAAAAAGUUGAUUGAAUUGAUAAAGUCACACCAAAAGACCCAUGAUGACAUCAAAGGUAAGUCUCCUUUAUUUAUUUUUAGAAAAAAAGGCAAAAUAUAAUGAUAUUUAGCAUUUGCAGAACUCAGUGUCUUAUUUCUUGUACACAUCUCAACAGUUGCCUGUAACACAACACUGACUCUCUUGUGAGAAAGUAUAUUACAUUCCACUCUUGUAACAUGAGUUUGGACGUCUGUGAUAAAAGGAGUAAAGAAAGAGUUUGCAACCAGUCAGUGUGCCCCUCAUGUUUGAAAUAAUGUUUGUGGUAUGAUUUUAUUACCAUUACAACUAAAGGCAUUGUAUAAUGCUAGAAACUACCUCUCAAAGAUGAGGAGGCUAAUAUUUGUUCAUUGUCCUUGUUUCUUGUCUUGCACAAUAUGUUCCAGAUGUUGGAAAUGGUGCAAGUCAACAGAACUGUGAAUGAUCAUCGACAUAUUGAAGCAAUUCAAGAGAAAUCUGUUAUUUGCAACUGUUCAAGUGAAGUAGGCAAGUUGUGGGAAGAAUUGUCAAAAAAUAGAUUAGACAUGCAAUCAAUGCAACAAAAACUUCAAAUGCUGCAAACACCUGUGAAGCAAAAUGAACCAGGUAAUUAUUUUUUAUAGCUACAGUCUUCUACAGUCUCAAAUUAUUUACCGUGAAACUCACAAAACCGUGAUUCAACACCAGAAAUAUUUAUGGAAUGUUAUUGUGUUGCAAUUUAAUCAACCAACAAAGCGUGAGACAAUUAAACCGCAAACAGCAACGGUAAUAAGUUUGUGGUUCUGAGUUUUGCGUGCAUAUCCUGAACUUUAUUGUGAUUGGCCAGUACACAAUCAACAUUCCUGAAAUUUUUUUUAGGUGUUCACGGUUUUCUAACUUUGACAGUAAGUAUCAUGUAAGGACUUUUUCCUUUUCCGCGCACCAAAUACCAGAGAAAAGAGGCUUCUGCUAGCAGGGAAACUUUUCCAUGAACUUCUCACAAACAGCAUGGAAGUUAAUUUUAGACACAGAGUUAAAGCAAUGUUAAUGAAACGUGUGUGUGAUGCCCAUUUUAAAUAUGGCCAGUGCUCACAGCCGUUUGGCCCUCUCACUUCCUUCUUGGAGAGGCCUCUUAUUAUGGGCCUUAUUCACACAGCGGCCAUAUUGUGACUGAACAAGCUUUGUUUUACCACCCUCGACCUCGUGGUGAAAAACUUGGGAGCAAGGCAAGACAGGUAAAACAAAGAUUACUUUAGUCUCUCGUGAUGAAAUGGCUGUUUAAAGUAAACUUUUUAGAAACUCCUAGAAACCAUUGGAUUUUGGUAAUCAGUGGGUUAGUACUGUUGAGAAAAAAGUUGGGAAGAAAGGAAAAAUUAUCCCUUGGCAAAGACAGUUAGGUAACUCACUAGAUAAUGAUUUAUCCUUCAAGCAGUCACCCAAAACUGGGCUGAUUUAAUCACUCACUGUGGGUCAGAAGCAAGCUUUCAGCCAAUUUCUAUUAUGCAAAUUUUUACUUUGCAGAAGUCACCCCAGCACCAGUAAAUUUGGAAGCAAGUGUCACUGUAACUCAAAACCAAAGUUUGUCUGAAACUGAUAAAAGUGAUAAAGAAUUGGAACAAGAGGAAGAGGCAGUUGAAGAUGUGAUGCCUCAUCUUACACCUGGAAGUAAUGUUACUUACUCUGAUGAAAAAGCUACUGAUGCUCCAUUAGCAUCAUCCUCUCAUGUAAAUGCAUCUUCUGUGCUGCAUUCUGCUUUGCCAACUAAUAGUACAUCAUCUUCAACAGCCACCACUACAUUGACUUCUUCACUAGUUAAUCAAAGUAAGUCAUGCCAUUUGACAGGUUAUUAUACUAUUAGAUAUUACGGGUCCAAUUUGAUUUCAGGUUAAUUUUGAUUGAACAGAGGUUGAUUAUUACCAGCUUGCAAAGAAAUUAGUGUCUGAUAGCCCGGGGCUAGUGGAUUUUGCUAUUGGGGUAGAGAUAUUUGUUCUUAACUUGCCCAACGGGCAAGUGAUGUUUUUUGAGGAAUUCAAAUAACAGAAGAACUGUGAAAUCAAUUCUGCUAGUCAAAACAUUUUUGGGGCUAGUUAAUUAAUGUCUGGGCUAGUAAAUGCUAGGUUCAGCUUGCCCGAAUGACAAGCUGUAAAAAUGAUUUUCUUUGCACCCUGAUUAUUACCUUCAUCUACUAGCCCUUGAAGAGAAUCAACCUAGGUGAAAAAGUUAUAACCUGAAAUCAAAUUUGAUCUGUAACAUAUUUAAAGUUUCUUCAUGAAUUAUGUUUUUUGUUUUAUUUCUAGCCUCCACUCCUGCAAGCAAAGUUGAAGUUGAGGUUGUCAAAAUAUCAACACCAAGUUCAGACGAGGCAAUUGAAGACAGCUUGGAAGAUAAUGAGUCGGAAUCAAAUUGA